GAGAACUAUUAAGCAGCAGUACAACGUCGGCCGGCCAUACUCCUACUUGUCAUAUAAUCGGCUAAUCAUGCGUCAGAGUACCGAGAAGUUUCAGCUGAGAAGUAUAAAUAGCGACGAUGGGUUAAGAGACUCUGCACACAAACUACCUGUGUAUGUUUAUAUAUACUUAUACUUCGUAUAUAAAUAUACUCCCCGUACGUAUAUAAUUAUAUAUUCGGUGGCAAGUAUAUACACCCAAACUAGAGCUAAAAACAUCGCAAACGUAGUCUCUGAGAGUAGGGGAGAAGAAAUGCGUAGUUGUUGAGAGGAAAGAAGAUCACCGGAGGAAGAAAAAGCUCGCCGGAGUUCGCCGGACUGUUCUAUUUCACGCCCAAGGAGCAACGUUGUUCUGCCCAGUGCCCACCCUCACGACCUGAGUUGCUGGAGAGUAGAAGGAGUGAUUGAGGAUCACUGACACCAGGAAAAGAACACCGCCGGAGCCGCUACCAGUCUACCAACCACGACGCACGUUUGUUCCACGAAGAAGAAGCACAGUGACUUUGAAGAGGAUCAAGAUUUAGUUACAAGUAAAGAUUCCUGAAAAUUAAGAAUCAUGCCUCCAAGGAGAAACCCUCAGACAACCCCAACCGUGGGAGAGCUUGCCCAAACUGUCCAACAAAUGGCACAACUCAUCGGAGCGGCUCAAUCCUCGAACCGUGGGAUCGACUACGCAACAAGAGUAGCCGGGCGGAACCCUCCAAAAUAUCUGGGCGAAGAAGACCAUCUUAUUUUGGAGGACUGGAUUCGCACCUUCGACAAACUCUUUGACUCACUUAACUGCUCGUUGGAGCAAAGAGUGAGCAUUGCGGUGUACUACCUGCACCAAGAAGCGGAUCACUGGUGGGCCGCCUCCGGACCAGCACUUCUCGAGCAACCGGGCUUUGACUGGGAGGACUUCUGUAGCACCGUCCCCAAGCAUAUUUACUUUUAGUAAAUUAUGUAAUAAACCUUGAAAGAUGAUUUAUGAAUUUACGUAAUUGUUAAAUUUUGUUAUUUCUUUUACGUGAAUAGAAAAUUGCAUGUGGGGCCCACAAUGGGAGCGGGGGCCGCCCGAUAAUUUCCGAACCA